GCCUCUCCACAGCUUCUUCUGUGCCUCCUUGCUCUGCCAGGCUUUCCUUCAGAACGGAUACUGGGUGCCUGAAGACCGUGCCAGUGGGGGCUGCCAUUGCAGCAAUGACCAGGGAGGCUGGAGAAGCAGACAGAGUGGCAACAGCAGCAGCAUCCCUCAAUGGGGAGCCCCUCAGCCUCAGCGGGAAUGAUCUGGCUGACAUCGACCUGCACCCAGUGGAGUCCAUCAGUGACCUGUACUGGGCAUCUGGGGGCCAGGAGAGUCACAAGGGCACAGAAGUCCUGCAGAGCGAAUCGCUGCGCGUCCUCUCCCAGUGGCUGACAAGCCAGGAGCAAUCCGUGCGGCAGAUGAGAGCCACCAGCUUGCAGCUGUGGAGCCGGCUGAAUGCCACAGAGCCUGGAGCCCAGACUUGAGCCACACUGUCCUGCCUGCUGUGCCCUCUGGCCCUGGACAGGGAGGGCAGAAGCCUUGUGCUGCCUGGCGCUUCUAGGACA